CGACUCUUAGCCAUUAUAACAACGCACAGAUAGAAUCCUCUAAUAUCGGUGAGUGCUUGGAACGAAACUGCCCCAGCCCCUUUGCAAGCUGCUGAUCGAGAAACUUUUGCAGUUUUUAAUUCCUUGUUGUCGCCACCUUCUCUUCUUAAUUCAAUCAGCAAGGCUAAUGGAAGGACACAAAAUGAGUGAGGGAUCAUUCACGCAUUUGGUGUUACUUGCGGUGGUUGUAUUUGCACUGGUUUGUGAUGGACAAAUGGUGAAGGCAAUCUCCACAAACAGUAGUGCCCGACUCUUGCAGCACUACAUUGAUGGUGCUGUAUAUCUCCCCCUCGAAGGAAGCUUUGACGUUGGGCUGUAUUACACAAAAAUUUAUUUGGGAUCUCCUCCCAAAGAAUUUUUAGUCCAGAUUGACACCGGAAGCGACGGUCUAUGGGUGAACUGUAUCUUUUGCAAGGAUUGCGAGCACCAAUCCAUGCUAGAGGUUCAUCCCUCGUUCUUUGACCCAUCCACUUCUCCGACGUCGGGAUUCAUUCCGUGCUCUGACGACCAAAUAUGCACAGGAGUUGGUAUUGGAUGUUCUGCCCAAAACCACUGCACUUACACUCAUCAGUACAAGGACGGUUCUUGGGCCCUAGUGGAUUAUCUGACUGAUUUGAUCCACUUAGGAAAAAAUGUUGGAACCUCCACUAUCAACACUUCUACUCCAAUUACUUUUGGAUGUGCAACUCAUCGGCAGAGCGCGGAAAGCCAUACUGCAAUACUUGAUGGAGUAUUGGGAUUGGGCAACAACCAAAUGUCCGCCGUUAACCAGUUGGCAGCAAAAGGAGUAAUACCCUCCAUAUUCUCUCACUGCUUCAAGAGAACUGGCGGCGGUUCAUUUGUUCUGGGACAGGUUGUGCAGCCCAAUAUUAUGUACACUCCAAUGGUGCCCGGUGCGAAUUACCGUGUGGAGCUCCAGAGUAUAUAUAUUAAUGAGCAACCAGUACCCAUUGAUCCCCAAUUAUUUGGUGCAAACAAUGGAGGAACUCUAAUAGACUCUGGAACCACUAUGGGUUACAUUGUGAUGGAGGCAUAUGAUCCCUUUGUUAAUGCUAUCAACCAAAUUGUGUCAAAUAAUGUGUAUAUCUAUAAUGGCGAGGGUAGGCAAUGCUAUGCCUCCUCAUCUAGUGUUUUUACCAUUUUUCCAUCCAUCCGUUUAAAUUUUGCUGGGGGUGCAUCAAUGAUUCUCCAGCCUAUAGACUACCUUGUACAUCAAGAUUCGGUGGAUGGAACGAGUCACUGGUGCUUGGGAUUUUUUAAAUCUGAAAAAAUGUCCGUCUUAGGAGAUCUUCUUCUCAAAGAUAAGAUCGUUGUUUACGAUUUAACUAACCAACGGAUUGGAUGGACCGAUUACGACUGUUCUCAACCCAUCGAUGUAUCAAUAAGGAAGCCCAGCAGCACUAAGAGGCACCACCCUUCACGACAUUUCCACUGGACCAUAAUACUGUUAUUCUCUGUACUAUCAAUUUUAUUCUUAUUGCUUUUACUACUAGCAGUACUAGCUUGCUUAAAUUAUGUACAACAACACAUGUUGGAGUAAAUAUCACCGUAUCACUUUUUCCUCUGUUAGCAUGAUUACUAAAUACUCCGUAAUUGUUAUUUCAAUUUGUAACAUACUUCGUAUUUACUACUCCUAGGAUUUAGCAGUCGGUUAUUCUUUGGGAAAAAUACUAAUUGGUUAUCACUUGAGUAUUCU